ACCAACUCCACGAGCUAUUUAUACCGUCCACAUUCUUGCUCGACUUGGUGCUUCAUUCGGCAAAUCCUCCAAUCGCCAUGUACCGUACGCGGGAGCUCAACAAGAAUAUCGCCAAGAGCUACCUGAGUGUGGGCGAUCCGUAUCGGGACCCGCACAUCAUCGAGGGCAAGUCAGACCGGCACAAAAGCAAACAGUUUCAAACGGUGCCGCCCAAGGACACGAGCGACGGCGGCGGGUACUUUGACAAGAAAACGUACUCGUCCGACCCUCUGCAAGACGGCGUCGCGUACCUCAAGACGCAGCCGGCGGCCGACCGGAAAGCUGGCUUUGGGACCAAGGACGCGAGCCGCCGCGAUGAAUUUAUGAGCCACGUCCGCACGGAGCAGUACCGCGAGACACUGGCGAGGGAAGAGCACAUUUCGCAAAAGGGGAUCCAAGGUCACCCGGACGAAGACGACGGCGGAGAACACGGCGAAGGAGAGGGGGACAAGCACCAGUUCCCCGAGGGGCUCAAGGAAACCAAGUUUUUGUACGACAUUGGCCGCACCCAGGCUACCGAGUUCAAUCAAAAGAGCCACCGCGACACGUUCUACACACUCCGCACAGGCAACUCGCAGUUUCGACGCAACAAUGGCCACUUUGUCCUGAGCUCGGAAUCCGUGGGCGUCGGGGCCCACAAGGUCCAGAACAACGGCACGCACGCCCGCAACGCCUGCACCAAGCAGUUUUACGAUCACAGCCACCUACAUUCGUAGCAUCUGUAGGGCGUGUGCUGCAUAAUAAACCAAAUACACUAGCAUAUAUAACUAUCCA